UGUCACAACACCGCAAAGAAGAUAAUAAGUUAUUAGCUGUCCAAAGAAUAAUCCCUCCCCGAUCCCAUCUUCAAGCCCUCGACACAUCGGAGCCUCUACAGGAUGUCGGACAAAAGCGAGCUGAAAGCGGAAUUGGAGAGGAAGAAGCAGCGACUUGCCCAGAUUAGGGAGGAGAAAAAGAGAAAAGAGGAGGAGCGAAAGAAGAAAGAGUCUGAUGGGAGAAAGGAGAGUGCCUCUCCCCCUCAGGAUGAGUCCGACCUGGAGAGGAAGAGGAAGGAAGCUGAAGCUCUGCUCCAGAGCAUUGGCAUUGCAGCCGAUCCUGCCAUGGUUCCCCCUCCCAUGUCCCCCUCUGCCAAGUCUGUGGGAACGCCCAGCGAAACCGGCAGCCAGGACUCUGGGGAUGGAGCUACAGGGUCCAGGACUCUUCACUGGGAUUCUGAUCCUUCCACUCUGCUGCUGCAUUCUGACUCUCAACUCGGGCGUGGCCCGCUGAAGCUGGGCAUGGCUAAAGUCACUCAGGUGGAUUUCCCGCCCAGAGAGAUUUUCUCUUACUCUAAAGAGACCCAGACCCCCACCCAAACGCAGCCUAAAGAGGAUGAGGAGGAGGAGGAGUACAUGGCUCCGUCUCAGCCUGCCCAGGAGGUCACGGAGGAGAAACUCGCUCAGAGUGAGGAAGAGGAGGUGUCCCCACAUGAGCUGACUGAAGAGGAGAAACAGCAGAUCUUGCAUUCUGAGGAGUUCGUGUCGUUUUUCGACCGUAGCUCUCGCGUCAUGGAGCGCGCUCUGUCUGAGCAGGUGGACGUUUUCUUCGACUACAGCGGCCGAGAUCUGCAGGACAAAGAGGGAGAGACCCAGGCCGGCACCAAACUCUCGCUCAACAGGCAGUUUACUGAUGAUCGCUGGUCUAAACAUCGUGUGGUCACAUGCCUCGACUGGUCCCCACAGUACCCAGAGCUCUUGGUGGCCUCUUACAGCAGUAACGAGGACGCCCCUCAUGAGCCGGACGGCGUGGCUCUCGUCUGGAACAUGAAGUAUAAGAAAACCACUCCAGAAUACGUCUUUCACUGUCAGUCGGCGGUGAUGUCAGCGGCGUUCGCUCGGUUCCAUCCCAAUCUGGUGGUGGGCGGGACGUACUCGGGACAGAUCGUUCUGUGGGACAACCGCAGUAACAAACGCACACCUGUCCAGAGGACUCCGCUGUCAGCCUCCGCACACACGCACCCUGUGUACUGUGUGAACGUGGUGGGAACCCAGAAUGCUCACAAUCUCAUCAGCAUCUCCACCGAUGGCAAGAUGUGCUCCUGGAGUCUAGACAUGCUGUCUACUCCGCAGGACACCCUGGAGCUGGCGUUUAAACAGUCUAAGGCAGUAGCUGUCACCUCCAUGGCUUUUCCUCUGGGCGACGUCAAUAACUUUGUGGUGGGAAGUGAGGACGGCUCAGUGUAUACAGCGUGUCGACACGGGAGUAAAGCAGGUAUCAGCGAGAUGUUUGAGGGGCAUCACGGACCAAUCACAGGGCUGGACUGCCACACAGCGGGCGGACCAAUCGACUUCUCCCACCUGUUUGUCACUUCCUCCUUCGACUGGACCGUCAAACUCUGGAGCACAAAGAAUAAUAAGCCACUGUACUCCUUUGAGGAUAAUUCUGACUACGUGUAUGACGUCAUGUGGUCCCCCACACACCCUGCCCUGUUUGCCUGUGUGGACGGAGUGGGACACCUGGACCUGUGGAACCUCAACAACGAGACAGAGGUUCCCACGGCGACUGUUACCGUGGAGGGAAACCCUGCCCUGAACCGCGUGCGCUGGGCUCACUCUGGGAGAGAGGUUGCUGUCGGCGACUCGGAGGGCCGGGUGCUUAUUUAUGACGUGGGGGAGCAAAUCUCUGUUCCGCGUCAAGAUGAGUGGAGUCGAUUUGCACGCACGCUCACUGAGAUCAACGAAAACCGUGAGGAGGUAGAGGAGCUUGCCGCUCAGCGAUUGGCUGCAUGA